AUGAUUUUAUUAACAAAAUUGGCAUCUUCAUAUGAAAAUCCACCCCGUGCAACACAAUAUCAAUCAACAAAACGAUUUGAUAAUCUUCAAGCUGAUGUGAAUCAGGUCGUUGAUGUUAUGAAAGAUAAUCUUGAUAAAGUAUUGGAACGUGAUGCCAAAUUAAGUACACUUGAAAAUCGUGCAGAAAUUUUACAAACUGGUGCAUCACAAUUUACACAAAAUGCUAGUAAAUUAAAACGUAAAUAUUGGUGGAAAAAUCUCAAAAUGUGGAUCAUUCUGAUUAUUGUUAUUGUAAAUCGUUCUAAUCAUUGUCAUUGUUGGACAACUAAUGGUAGUGGCGUUCCACCAGCUGCUGCCGGUGGUGGUGGUUCGAAACGACUUGCUCAACAGCAAGCUCAAGUCGAUGAAGUUGUUGAUAUCAUGCGACAAAAUGUUGAUAAGGUGUUAGAACGUGACAAAAAUUUGUCACUUCUUGAUGAUCGAGCUGAUAAAUUACAACAUAAUGCAGCUCAAUUUGAACAACAUGCAGGCAAAUUAAAACGAAAAUAUUGGUGGAAAAAUAUGAAGAUGAUGAUCAUAAUGGGAGUUGUGGGCAUUAUUUUUGCCAUUGUGGUGAUAGCAUGGAUUGGAUCGAAAGUUAAAGCAGUGGCACCUGUUCUUCCAUCCGGUGGUGUAACAACAGCCAUUCCAUCGGCAAAUAAUGAUUUACCAAAAGCACCCGGUGGUUUAGUGGAUAUCCCAGGUAGCGAUAAACCAUCAACAAAACGUC